AUGAAGGGCAACGCGGUAGGGGUACCUGAAGGCAGUUUCCUGGUCAGAGACGCCUCCAGAGUCGAUGAGGAGCUCCCCGAGCGCUUCAAAGAUGCCGUGCCCUUACGGGCCCCGAAGUUGAAGUCCUCGUUGGCGAGGACGUUGGUGAUUGGAGAUGUAGUAGAGGAUGGGCAGGUCCACCUCCUUGACGACGUCGGGGCACAUGACCUCCCACACCACCCCCAUGCUCGCGGCCGCCGCAGCCGCCAUCUUCCUUUCCUCUUCCCCUACCGCGACGGCGAACCCGAACCAGUAUGUGGCGGGCAGCGGGAGGGGGAGCAGAGGCCAGGGUUCACACGCUCGGCAACAGGGGCGUCUUCGGCGGCGGCGGGGUCCAUGGGGACAGGGACGGCAAGGAGGUGCCAGGAAUUCCCGUCGGGAACGUCGUCGGCCGGGGGUCGCGAGGCCGCGGCGGCGCGCGGGGGCGAGAAGAGGAGGGCGGACGCAGGUGCGGGGUGGUGGGAGAUGGGGUCUGCGGCGACGGGCGCGAUGCCGCGAAGGGGGAGCGCAACGGAGGCCGGGAGCGCGAGUGGGUUGGCGGACACGGAGAAGAAACAGCCGUGUGGGAAGGAAGCGUGA